AUGGUUGAAUAAAUAAGUAAAUAAAACUCACUUAUUCAGAUCAGUUGAAGAAACAAAAUUACGGCUUUGUCGGCGUAUUGUAAAGCGAAAAAAGAUCCGUAUGCAUUUGAAGAUGAUGAGAAUGAUGAUACAGUGAAUAGUUCUGCCAACACAUUACUUCAUUCGUCAGUAGUCUCCAGUGGACAAAUCGGAAUUCAUUCUAAUUGCAACAGUAGUGGUGGAGGCGGAGGUGCUGGCUUCAUUGGUACAGUAACAUCGACUAGAUCAAAUAUUACUAAUACCAGUCCUAAUAAUAGUGGCAAUAGCCUGUUGUCAAAACAAUCACGUCAAAUCUCUUCAUCUAAUUUGUCUACUGUAGUAGAGUCUGGAAAUACUAGUUCGGAUAGUAAUCAUAGUUAUAAUACAACUGGUGGACCUCCACUUCGACUUCGGUUUGCUAAAGAAGCUGGACAAUACACGUUGAUGGAACAACAACAGCAACAACAGGUUGAUUUGUCCUCAUUGUCGAAUUGUGAUAUGAAUUCCAGUGGUGGAACAAAUGAAGUGUCUAAUUUCAAUAGUAUGAACGAUAACAAUACCAGUGGUGGAAGCAGUAACAAUAACAAUAAUAUUGCUAGUCAUUUGGAUAGUAAUACUAAUAUUAUUGACAACAGAAAUGAUCAAGACGUCGGUUUAUUGGUGUCAAUGAGAAGCGAACAGUUGACGGGACAAGAGGUAGAUAAUAUUUCUACAUCAUGUCAAUCGGAAUCAUCAGGAGGUGAAGAGUCGUCGCAGAAAGUUCCACCUUUACGUAUUAAGUUUGCGUCAGGCACAUCCGGAGAUAAUGAAUCCUCUGUAACCUCAUUGUCAGCGUCAGUUAGUGCGCCUAGCGGAUAUUCCAUCCAUCUAAACAAUUCUGAUAGUCAUAACAACAAUGAUAAUAAUGGUCUAGAAAAUAAUACGAAUGACGAGGUAGAUAGAAAGGAUAAGUUUGAUAUUAAAUCUCGACUAUCUGUUGACGAUGUCAGUCGAAGUGAUGGUAAAGAGCUUGCAGCUUCCGUUUCAGCCAAUACUCUCAAUACAAUCAUCACUUCAAGUACAUCAGAGAAAGAAAAAGUCGACAGAAGUCGUGAUCAUGGUUUAAGUCACCACUCCAAAACUCACAGAUCUCAUAGUCAUAACACUACAGUGAAUCCCAAUACACCACAACAUCCUGUUGACUCCAGUACAAGUUUGUCAACUUCUUCAAGUCCUGUACCUACAACCUGUUCUACUCCGACGACAACUACUGUCAACUCGACAGGCAAUAGUGGUGUCGUUAGCAGUACAGGUACAGGUGGUUCAAGUCGUUCAAAGGCAGAAAGUACACAGGAGGCGAAUAACAGUCAUGCAAAUAGUACCAGCAGCAGUCGGACAACUAACAGCAAUAGAGAAACGGGGAAAGAGACGCAUCGACAUCGUAGUGGGCGUACAUUGCGUUCACAUACAGCCGCUCAACGUGAAAAGGAGGAAAAGGAACGUCAUACUGAUGACACUAGUCCAAUUAAAAAGCGCAAACUGCGCUCAAGGUCAGACGCUUCAAGUCACGACAGUAAUACUACUACUAAUAACAACAGCAAUUCACAGAAUCGUGGGAAUACUGCAGGUGGGAAUGAUAAUAGUUCAUCUGCAGUUACCACUACCCACUCUGGAUCCACGCCUACUUCCAGUGUUUCAUCGUCUACAAAUACCGCUGUUGUCAAUACAGAAGUAAGUAACGAUCUACCCCUAACAUCGAGUACUACUAUCCCCCAGGUUGAUACUCCUAUGACUAAUGAAGAGAAAAAACCACCAGUUGUCAAUACUCAGACAGUAAUUACCGACGAAGACACUGAUGUACCUAUGCCAGAUGUUUCUGAAUUAGAACAAAAGCCUGUAAGUAUGGAUGUCGAUGUUAAAUCUGAGACAUGUGGUUCGCCUGCCUCAGUUGCCACACUCAGUAUGGAUACAACGACUAAUAUGGAUGUACAAGUGCCAUCAACAAUCACACCCCCGUCAUUGUCGUCAUCAGUGUCAAUAACAACAACACCAGCAGUAACCAUGCCCACAGCAUCAGUGGAACAGUCAGGAGGGUGUCAGGGUGAAGCAGAUACGAAUGUGGAUUAUUUACUGUGUCCUGCUGGUCCUGGAGACGAGGAUCGGAAAGAUAUUGAGCUGCUUAAAUUUCAAAAUCCUUAUGAGAAAGCAGCUGAAUUGAAUAAAGGUUUACGUGAACUUGUAAAGAAUCUUGUGAAAGUUCAUCCCAAAGCACCGUGUGGUUAUCAAGACUAUCUUCUAGUUACGCGUAACUACCUGUUGGCCGGUCAACCGUCUUUUGCUACUUAUAUGAAACGUUUACCACCAGGUAAUUUGGAACCAGCUUUUGUUGAAUUAUUCAAUGAACAAGAAGAAGAACGUUAUGCUCAAGCAUUGAAGCAUCAGUCCGAACGGGAACACCUUCAGUUGGGAGCAGAACAAGCUGUUCUACGUGCUCAAACACGUGGGGCUUUAGCAGUUGCCAAUCAAUCGAAACCCUAUUCAUUUUGUUCCAUAUUAUCUUAUAACGAUUUAACAUAUAUACCACCAGUCGGAAAAGAAGAUAAUCGGGAAGAAGAAACUGUUCGUGGUCGUUUCACACCGGGUACAUUUAUCGGUUGGCUUCAUGAUAUAAUUGAUACAUAUCAAAGCGAAAAGGUAAAAAUUAACGUCUGCAUACCCUUCCAUAGUACUUACUUUCUGCUGUCCCUACCGAUAGCUUCUACCUAGUUCUGGUAGUCAGGCUUACAUAUCGCUAUGACCCAAAAAGCUACACUGGCUGGAGCUAAUUUUCUUGCGUGUCCUACCAUGGCAGAAAGGCUGUUAGGAUAGCGAUUAGACUAAAAGCAGUUACCCUAAUAGUGUAAGAUGUGUACACUAUUCUGGAGAUAUGUGAGCGAAGUUGUCCUCCUGAGGAAUCGCGAAUGUAACAGUAGUAAGGUCUGUUUCCCUCAGAUGACCAACAUGCCAGCCAGCUAUGCUUGCCUCUCCACUCUACAGAUAUGGGUUAGGAAAGGUUGACCCGAAAAACUGUACAUCCCGACUCACACUACGAUAGCCUGUAACCGGUGGUAAGUUCUUAAUGCGAACAGAACUCUGUGCGUGGCCUACCUCAAGCAGACGUCCCUCAGGCUCUGAGGGCACGCAGCAGUAAUUCUCCUUCCAUUUCAGAUAUCCUAAAAUAAAUCAACUUCCACGGUGUGGACAACGGGGGAGUAGCAGCCACUCACCCACCCACACACUCUGUUUUGUUAUAAUUUGAUUAAGAGUUUAACUCUGUUGUCCGAUUGUGAUGUAAGCACUUUAAAAUUAUAGUUCUGAUGUGUUUUCAGUCUAGCACAUUUAUUACUCACUGAAAAAUUCUCUACUGUGAUCAUAGUAAUACGUUUAUGGCAUUUAUGGCAGUGAAAUUAAAAGACAAUCUAGCGAACAGAAUUCUCUUCAUCGAUGAAGUUAUCUUCAGUGACUGUACAAUCGUAUUAAUUUUAUUCGAAUGGAUUGCUGUCUGUCAUUGAGUAGUAGGAGUGUGUGUGUGUGUGUAUGUGACAUGGCUUCUCGGAUGACAUGGUCUCUACAGAUUAAAGAAUCACGUAAUAGUAGACCGACGCAACAGAAAUUUUCAUAAGAAUGGCAAGCAAAAGUUAGUUGAUUGUCCACUUGAUAAGUGUGAAGAGAGGAUGAGGAACAUGCAAAACUGAUGACAAUGGUGAAUUAAUUACUAAAAAUAGAAGCGAAAUGUUAGGAAAGAGAUUAAAACCAUGGUAGUAUAAGUUGACUGAGCAAAUUGUGUCUGCACACAAAGUCCGGGGUUAUAUCAAUGAGUCAUUAGCGCCUCCGUCAUACACAAAAAUAUACAAAACCUCAAACCCUUGUUCCGUCCUUCUUGACUUUGUAAGUCAUUUUAAAGAGAACUCCUGUGGGAACUGUGCAGUCCAAUUGUGCUAGUAAUUUUCUUAACCCCUUCCCCCCGCCCUAUUGAGUCAUAGAAAAGAAAACACAUUCAGCAAAGAGUUACUCUUUUCAGCGAUUAAAUUGAAUAACGUAAUAUAAUUGUAACGGGGUUAAGUAGAAUUCAACCACCAUUCAAACGAGAGUCAAGUUAACAACGUUGGUAGUGAGGGGGGGGUUAGAAAUUUAAUAAGGUGUGAAGGAAGACAACAAUACGUAUUAAGACAGAUAAUGUCCACUGUGUGUUUAGUGGCUGGAAAAGCUUCUUUUGUAUGCAGAGUUCAAGAUUUAACAUGUGAAUUGCCAUUGCUUCUGCUGUUUUUGAUUCCUUCUCUUCUACCAAGAUUCCUGUGUAUUCUCUAGACUACUCUGUGGGUUAGCUUAGUAGUGUCCAGGUUCGAUCGGGUGUUGUUCUAGGAUAGAGUUGAGGUGAGACGGAGAAAUCUUUUUUCUUCUUUAUAAAGUCAUGAUGGUGAUAAGUGUUCACGGAUUCGUUUGGAUCUCGAACUCUGGGUACACCUGGUGGCAUAUUUGACUUCACAUGAGCACAAGUGAAUUGAUAGAUGCACAUUGAUGUGACCGGCAUUUUCUUGCAUUGUCCCCUUGAUAACCUUCUUAUCAACUGGAGUUAUUUACUUCUCUCCUUUUAGGAUUUUCACACUGAAGCAUAUGAAAUCAGUAAGAGGAGAGAGAGAGAUUAGAAUAAGUCAUUCAGGGAAGAUGAAAGUUUCACUUACCUCACUUUUCUGUGUAGAACUGCUCUAUAAUGAGUGUAUAUAUAUAUAAUCUUCAAUGAUUCCUUUGUUUCUCAUCGUAUCUUAUAUCUGUAUAUAUUUAUUCAGAAAAAACUGUUAUGUCGUCAGCUUCAUGAAGCAGAAUCCCUGAUGAUGGUGCAAAAACUUGACUGGGAGAUGAAAGCGCGUGAAACACUGGCCAAUGUGGAUUGUAUCGGUUUAGAUGUAUUCAAAGAUAUUCCAGGAAGUUGUGUACCAAUGAUUCCAGUGCCGAAUGAUUUUCCACUAUUCGCUCGUGAUCCAGUGCAUCGACCAACUUCUAUGACAAUGACGAGUAAUAAUAAUAACACUGGUGGUGGUGGUAAUCCGAUUCCUGCAACAACAACUAGCACUGUGAUGAAUAGCAUCUCUGCGCCUGCCAUAAAGACAACAGCGCCAACUAACACUGUCAGUAGCACAACAUCCAACCCAUAAACUGUAAACAAUGAAAUAAUAAUCAGUCAAACAGAAUUGUGCAUUUUCCACGUAUAUUUCUGUCUCUAUGUGUGUUCAUAGAUGUGUACAUAUGUAUAUAAUUAUGUGUAUUUGAUUAUCUAUCAGUAUUAUUGGUUGUAUAACCAAUUAUUUUAAAGGACUGAGUUUAACGAACAAAGAGUUUUUUUUCCCGUAAGUUCUCCAUUAUGUUCCACACACUUGUAUGACCAAAAUUAAUAAACAAUUAUUGGUAG